AAAGUCGUAGAACGAAAAUAUGCUGUCACAUGACACUGUACUGUAUAUAUCAUGUGAUAGGAAAAUGGCGGCGCCCAUAGUAAACCUUUGUGUCGGUUUAUUAUUUAUAUUCCUUUUAUUUCCUGAUAUCAAUUGUGAUGUGAAAACAGCCAGUGUAUACUGUAGUGAUCGACAAUGUACCUACAAAUUUGGCAACCUUGAUGUAGAAUCAGCAACAGCCUAUGGUGUUUACAAUGAUACACUUAUGGAAAGUGGUUGGGGAAUUCUCAACAUCAGUGCUGGGAGAGGCAGUAAGACAGCAGAAAAUGUCGACCUUAUGUUUGCUGCCGGCUACUUAGAAGCAAUCCUUACUCAAAAGAGAAUAUUUCAGCAUUACCAGAAUCUGAAUGACUAUUUUGAAACAAGGUUUGGAAACAACACAGAUGCUAAGAAGGCUGUGAAAGCAUUCUUUUUAAAUCAGGACAUGUACAUGAGAAAAAUGAUCAAAAAUAAUGUACCAGCUAGUCCAUAUUGGCGACAUAUGUCUUACAUACUGGCACAAUAUGAUGGACUUGCAAAAGGUUAUGGGGAUGUUGCUCCAAGUGAUAUGAAACUAAGUCUGUAUGCAUUUCAAGUAUUAAAUGGUAAUGGGGAUAUGUUGGACCUUAUAAGUGCUGUAAAUCCCAAGAGUAGACCUGAUUUUAAGAAAAUGACCAAGGCAGAAGCUGUGUCUUUUAUAGCCAAAUCUGGACGAUGUUCAGCUCUUAUCAAGGUGUUAGGAGCAUAUGAGGAUGUAUUCAUGUCACAUUCUAGUUGGUUUAUCUAUCAAGCUACUAUGAGAAUAUAUAAACAUUAUGACUUUAAUGUAGAUGAUCCUGACACUGCUGCCAAACAAAUGUCUUUCUCUAGUUAUCCAGGGUUCUUGGAGUCACUGGAUGAUUUUUACCAGAUGAGCAGUAAGUUGAUAAUGUUACAAACAACCAACAAUGUCUUCAACACGUCAUUAUACUCUCUAGUCACACCUCAGUCACUCCUCGCCUGGCACAGGGUUCGACUAGCCAACAUGAUGGCACAUGAUGGUGAGGAGUGGGCAACCAUAUUCUCAGAGAAUAAUUCAGGAACGUACAACAACCAGUAUAUGAUAUUAGACUUGAGGAAGAUAGACUUAGAAAGGAACAUCCAUGAUGGAGCUCUGUGGGUGGUUGAACAGAUCCCCGGGCUUGUUGAGUAUGGUGAUACUACACCUAUACUCAGAACUGGAUACUGGCCAUCUUAUAAUGUUCCAUACUUUGAGAAAGUGUACAAUAUGAGUGGUUAUCCAGACUUUGUAAAGCAACAUGGAACAGAUUUCUCUUAUCAGCUGGCACCAAGAGCAAAGAUUUUCCGUCGGGAUCAGGCCAGUGUAAAGGAUAUGGCAACCAUGAAAAAUAUAAUGAGAUAUAAUGAUUACACAGAAGAUCCAUAUUCUGAGGGGGAUUCUUGUAAUGCUAUAUGUUGCCGAGGAGAUCUAAGGAAGAGUUCACCUGGACCAUUUGGUUGCUAUGAUACCAAGGUAGCAAAUUAUAAGAUGGCUCUAGAGAUGACAGCAGAUAUAAUCAAUGGCCCCACUGGGACAGGUCUGAAACCAUUCCAAUGGACUGACGAGUACAAACAGUCACAUAUAGGUCUUCCUGAUACAUACAACUUUAACUUCCAACAACAAGACCUCUCAGGUCACCAUAAACAACAAACAAGACCCUUCAGAUCACCAUAAACAACAAACAAGUUCUCUCAGAUAACCGUAAACAACAAACAAGACUCUUCAGAUCACCAUAAACAACAAACAAGACACCUAAGAUCACCAUUAACAACAUACAAGACACCUAAUAUCACCAUA